ACGGAAAUUAUUUCAUACUCUAUCAUUCGAUUUACAUAAAACAUUACAAACAAUAAAAAUUAAACGAUCAAAUAGCGAUUUACGAAAAAAAAAAAUUCUCACAUAACAUCAAGGAUUUGAAAUAAUUGGGGUAAGCUUUUUUAAAAUAAUGAAAACGCGACUCAAACCAUAAUAGCUGAGUACACAAUAACGGUGAAAACGGUUCCAACCAUGAAAGCUUUGUUGGAGAAAGCGACACUUGGUGCGGGCGCUUCAUCUGAAGGCCCUGGAGCAAGUCCGUUUGGGCUCAAGGCAGGACCUUCCGGAGCUGGUGGAGAGGCGGCAGGAACAUCAGAUGGAGAAGGAGCUGCCGACGGCGGAGUAGUUGCUGGGGCUGGGGUUGCAGCCGGUGGUGGAGUGGUGGUUGGGGCAGGGGUUGCGGCGGGUGGUGGAGUGGCAACUGGUGGAGGAGUAGCUACGGGAGGGGGAGUUGCGGCGGGUGGAGGAGGAGUAGCGGUGGGAGUAGGAGCUGGAGCUUGAGCAAGUGUUGACGUGGCGAAGAUAGCCAUGAUCAAGAAAACUAGGACAGUUUUGGAACCCAUUUUUACUCUCUUUCUCUCUGAAAAUGCGUUUUCUUUUGGUUUUAGAGUA